AUGCCCCAGAGGGGCCACCCAUCUCAAGAGGGGCUCCGGGCCCUGCCCGGCCUCCUCAUGGCACACAAGCCACAGCCUGAGGCUGAUGGAUUGUUGGACCUCAGCUUCCUGACAGACGAGGAGCAGGAGGCCAUUGCCGACGUCCUGAAGCGAGAUGCCCGCCUUCGCCAGUUGGAGGAGGGCCGGGUCAGCAAGCUUCGGGCCUCACUGGCAGACCCUGGGCAGCUGAAGAUCCUGACAGGAGACUGGUUCCAGGAAGCACGCUCACAACGGCACCACCAUGCCCACCUUGGCUCUGAUCUUGUCCGAGCCUCUAUCCGCAGAAAGAAGAGCUCCCUGGGAGACCAGGCUCCAGGCAGCGAUGGGGAGGCUGAAACUGCUGAGAAAGGAGCUGAAGAGGCGCUGGAGCCCAGGCUCCCCAUGGACAAGGCACCCCAAGAGAUGCUCACCAAGGCUGAGAAACCUGAUUUCCCCUCACCAUAUGUCCCGCUAAAGGCUUCAGAUCAUGAGGAAGAGCCCCAGGCCCAGGAAGACCCGAGCCCCGGGGACUCGCAGGUCUUUGCAGAGGAGGCGGACCCGGAGCCGGAGCCGCGGUCGCGGGGAGCGGAGUCGCCGCCACCGCCAGCCCAGACCCAGACGGCGCCCAAGAUCCUGGAGAACGGGGAGGAGGCUCCGGGGCCCGGCCCCUCACUCGACCGCAUGCUCAGCAGCAGCUCCUCGGUGUCCAGCCUCAACUCCUCCACGCUGAGCAGCAGCCAGCUGAGCCUGUCCGGGGAGGCCGAGGCGGGCGCGGUGCAGGUGCGCGGCUCGGUGCACUUCGCGCUGCGCUACGAGCCGGGCACCGCCGAGCUGCGCGUGCACGUGAUCCAGUGCCAGGGCCUGGCGGCCGCGCGACGCCACCGCUCCGACCCCUACGUCAAAAGCUACCUCCUCCCGGAUAAGCAGAGCAAGCGCAAGACGGCGGUGAAGAAACGGAAUCUGAACCCGGUCUUCAACGAGACUCUGAGGUACUCCGUCCCGCAGGCCGAGCUCCGGGGCCGCGUGCUGAGCCUGUCCGUGUGGCACCACGAAAGGCUGGGUCGCAACGUCUUUUUGGGCGAAGUCGAAGUGCCUCUUGACACGUGGGACUGGGACUCUGAGCCCACGUGGCUCCCCCUGCAGCCCCGGGUCCCGCUCUCUCCCGACGACCUCCCCAGCCGCGGGCUGCUCUCCCUGUCCCUCAAGUACGUCCCCGCCGGCUCCGAGGGCGCGGGACUGCCCCCCACCGGGGAGCUGCACUUCUGGGUGAAGGAGGCUCAGGACCUCGCGCCACUGCGCUCAGAAACGCUGGAUACCUACGUACAGUGUUCAGUGCUGCCUGAUGACAGCCGGGCCAGCCGCCAACGGACAAGGGUGGUACGACGCAGCCUCAGCCCUGUGUUCAACCAUACCAUGGUUUAUGAUGGCUUCGGGCCUGCUGACCUGCGCCAGGCCUGUGCUGAGCUCUCCCUCUGGGACCAUGGGGCCCUGGCCAGCCGCCAGCUGGGGGGUACACGCCUCAGCCUGGGCACCGGCAGCAGCUAUGGGCUCCAGGUGCCCUGGAUGGACUCCACACCGGAGGAAAAGCAGCUGUGGCAGACACUCCUGGAGCGACCGUGUGAGUGGGUGGAUGGCCUUCUGCCCCUCAGAACCAACCUGGUCCCCAGGACAUAGCUGCCCUACAAGCACCACCAAACUCCUCUCUGGAACCC